UUUGUUUUUCUGUGGCUUCCUUUCAGUGAUUUUGUGUUUCUUUGAAUAAUAAUAGCGAAUAUUGUUGACCUAUAUGCCUAUUUCACCGCCUUUAAUCAAAUUUUGGUCCAGUGAUUGUGUUUUAUAACUAUUAAAAGUUAAUUUACCAGUGUGCGUGCGUCUAUUCCAUUUUCAAAUCGAGCAAUCAUGUCUUCCGUAGAGCAGCGCUUAGCCAAGCUUAGGGAGGAGCGCUUAGCGAGAGAGAAAGCAAGAAUUGAAAAGUUACGGGAGUUGAAUCUUAAAAAGUAUAACAAGAAUGAAUCUAUACUGCCAAAAAAUACCGCGUCAUUUGACACUGCUGUUGCCAAAAAACAAAUUAAACCGGAUAAUGUGGCUAACAAAAUGAAAACUCAUGUAAAAAACAACUUCCAAGUUAAUAACACUACGAAAAGGCCAACAUCGGUAUCGAAUGGAAUAAAUAAGCCGGUACCAAAUAAAGAGCCUGUGGAGACGAAACCUAAGACUACUGCAAAAUUGGCACCGAUUGCUAAAGUUAGUAAAGUUACGAAUGCUACAAAACCUGAUCUGAUCCCUAAAAAUAAUGAAAAGAAAUCUACCGCUGGCGAUAGAAUAGCAAAAAAUCAAGUUUCGUCUUUAAAUGACUUUAAAACACGAAAAAGCUUCGUACCUACUACAAAAAGUACUUUAACGGCCAUUGUAACAACGAACAUAUCAUCCAGAAAAAGUCUAGCUCCACCUAAAACUGAAACAAAUAAACCCAACCACAGACAAUCUGUUUUCGAAAGACUUUACAAGCCGAAAGUCGUCGAGAAGAAAACCACAGACGAUGUUUUGAAAAUACAAACAGAGCCAAACUACUUGAAGAAGAUAAUAAAGAAUUCUGGUUUGAUCCUCAACAACAAAAGGCAUACUGUUUUCGAAGUGCACAGAAAGAUUGAGCCACCGGUGCGCCGUUCUAUAUCAGCUGUGCAUUUCAAAAGAAUAAAUAAGAAUGAAAUCAACAAUUGCAUACACAAGUGGUCUUCCAUCGGUGACAGAUUGAAUAAAGUGCAUUUGAAAGAAGUCAAUGAAGACGAGGCUGUGAAACAAGACAAAGUAGUUUCAGCCGUCAAAAGCGAAAGAAGAAAGGUGCAAUUUCGGACUCCAGUGCCUUUCAAUUUUAACACUCCGAAGCCUGAAGAAUUGCAAUCUCGCUUAAAAAAUUGGCUACAGAAGCGCGGGAAAUCUUUAGACUCUUACCACCAUUUGCAAUGCUUUGGAAUACACCAUAUAGCUCAAAGGGAAGUCAGGCCUAUAAUAGAGCCACCGAAACUUGAACUCUAUGAUGAUGAGGAUAAGGAAAACAUUGCCUUGGAACACGAUAGCGAUAAUGACUCGUUUUGUGAAAACAUGAAUGAUUUGGACCAUAAGGAUAUGUGGAGACGGGCUAGUUUCGUGAAUGACAGCUUAGAUUUUAAUGAUACGCAAAACUCGACCUUAACGUCGAGUGAUGCCGCUCAGCAUGUGGACGAAGUGCUUCUGGGCGCUUUAAAUGAUUUGACGGAGUUGUUGCGAGAGGGUUUCGACUGGGAACAAUGCGCCCGUUGGUUGCGUGCCAUACGGGAGAGAUUCCCAUACGCCCCGGACACUGCGGCCUAUUGGGAAUGUAGGGCAGCACUAGAAGAAACUAGAGGAGAUCUGCCUGCUUCUGUGCAAUGCUGGGAAGAGGCCAUUGCUAAAGGGACUGAGCAUUCUGUAGUGGAAUCUAAUCUAGACCAAUUACUGGACAAGUUUAUGCAGCUCAAGAUCAGUCCCAACAGUGGGAAACGGAAGCCCAUUGAUUCCAAAAUGGUGGAUGUGAAGAACGUAUUCAAGAGUACUAUCAUAAGAUUCGCUGUGCAACAGGCUAAACUCCGCCGUUCGAGCCAGCAAGACUUACCAAAAUACACAGUGACUCCAGUAAGAAGAAGUUCCCGUCUAAGUUCGCAGUGGAGUGCCAAAAGGCCCCUACAAGAAUGUAUGAGCGUUAAACACGCGAGACAAUUGGCCCCAGUUGAGUUUGUGCCAAAUCCUUCGCUAUGCCGCACUCCUUGAGGUUUCAAGCGAAUUUGGUCCUAAUGUCAAUGAUAAUUGAGAUUAUAACGGAAGCGUGUGAACAAAAUCUGUUUUUCAGUGUGUGUUGUACGAAAGUUUGCUUUGUAUUCCGAUGUAAUUUAGACUGAUAAUGCUGUGUAUAAUUAAAACAAUAAUUUAAAUAAAUCUUGCUUUUGAGGUUUCAGGCAAGUUCGUUCUUUAAUGAUAUAGAUAUUGAGGUUAUUAUUGCGUGUAAACAUAAACUGGUUUUCUGUGUGCUUUGUACGAAAGUUCGCUCUGAAUUCCGAUGUAAUUUAGACUGAUAAUGCUGUGUACAAUUAAACCCAUUAUAUAUAUAAAUCUUGCUUUUGAGGUUUCAGGCAAGUUUGUUCUUUAACUUUAUAGAUAUUGAGGUUAUAACUGCGUGUAAUCAAAAACAAGUUUUUAGUAUGCGUUUUACGGAAGUGUUCUCUCUAUUUCGAUGUUAUUUAGACUCAUAAUGCUGUGUACAAUUUAAACCAUGUAUUAAUCUUGUUAACAACGAAUUAGAAAUUAUUUGGAAACAUUACUCUCCAACAAAGGCGGCUAAAACAUGGUUCUAUAAUUCAUACAGCUAAACUUGAAUACUAACACGUUUAAAUCUAGAAACGCCAAGUUAUCCAAACUUUUAAAAAAAAUUACCAACUGACUUUGAUCUAGAUUUGCUAGCUUUUGAUGUGCGAUCAUGAAACCUAAAAAAAUUGUAUCAGUCGAUUUCGACAUCUGCAGUGCUUAGAAGCAAAUUAGAAAUGCUAUUACAUUACGGUUUAACAAAGGCCGCUAAACACAUAGUUCUAAAUGCAUACAGUUGAACUUGAAUACUAACACGACACGCACACAAAUAAAACAAAAAAUACUUUGCCUAAUCAAGUAUCUACCAAAGAAUUCGGCUAUCUAUGCAUUUGGUAAGAUAAUGUUGAACAAAAAUCCCAAGCAAACCCAUUAUGGGCGUGUUGGUCACACUUUUUUCGUCCCGCCCACUUGAUCGCAGUUUGC